UGACUAGCAACGCGGGGGAGAUGGCGGCGCUGGUGGCGACCGAGGCCGCGGCGUCCCCGGACCCGGCGGAAGCCGCCGAGACGGCCGAGGCGGCGGAGCUAAGCCGCGUACUGAGCCGCAUGCUGCCCGGUCUGGAGGCCGACAGCAAGCUGGGCCGGCGGCGCGCGCUGGAGGCGCUGCAGCGCACCCUGGAGGCGGCGCGGCCCGAGGCGCCCGACGGCGACCCCGCCGCCGCAGCCGCCGCCUUUCAGGGCCCGUGGGCGCGCUUGCUGCUGCCGCGCCUGCUGCGCUGCCUGGCCGACCCGGCCGAGGGCUGCCGCGCGCUGGCCGUACACCUGCUGGACUUGGGCCUGCGGCGAGCCGCCCGGCCCCGUGACGCCCUCCCGCGCCUGCUGCCCGCUCUCGCCGCGCGCCUGGCCGGCCCCGAGCCCGCGCGCCGCCCACCGCCCGAGGUCUGCGAGGAGCUGCGCCUGGCGCUAGUGCAGCUGCUCCACCUGGCCGUACGCCUGAGCGGCGCUGCGCUCGCGCCCCACCUGGACGACGCGGUGCGCGUGCUGCGCUGCACGCUGCUUGACCCCUUCGCCGCCGUGCGCCGAGAGAGCUGCGAGUGCGCCGCGGGCCUGGCGCGCGCCACGCCAGACCACUUCCACAUGCAGUCGGAGUCCUUGAUCGGCCCCCUGAUGCAGUCCAUCUCCCACCAGCACUGGAAGGUGCGGGUGGCCGUCAUCGAGGCCACGGGCACGGUGAUCCAGUUUGGCAGCGGGAAGUCAGUGGACGACGUCCUUCCUCACUUUGCUCAGCGGCUCUUUGAUGAUGUCCCCCAGGUGCGCCAGGCAGUGGCGCGUGUGGUCGGGGGCUGGCUGCUGCACCUGCGGGACCGCUACUCAUUCUUGCACAAGCUCAUCCCGCUUCUCCUGAGCAGCCUCGACGACGAGAUCCCCGAGAUCGCGUGCGAGGCAGCCGGCCUCUGGGAGCAGGUCGGGCUGCGCUGGCAGAUGGAGAACGAGGAGGACCUCAAGGACAAGCUGGACUUCGCUGGCCCGCCCCCCGCACACCACCCCUCGCCAGGGAGCCGCCCGGGGCUGGGCUGCCGGGAGCUGGUCUUCAGAAACCUCUCCAAGAUCCUUCCCGCCAUCUGUCACGACAUCACCGACUGGGUGGUGGCGACCAGGGUGAAGUCGGCACAGCUGCUGGCGGUACUGCUGCUGCACGCGGAAGGCCACAUCACGCAGCACCUGGAGCCCGUCCUGCGCACCCUGCUCCACGCCUGUGCCGACGAGGAGAAGGCCGUGGUCCGCAGUUGCACGAGAUCUGCAGAGCUGAUCGGGACCUUCGUCAGCCCGGAGGUGUUUCUGAAGUUGAUCUUGUCGAUGCUGAGGAAGUCUCCCUCCCCCUCCGGCCUCCUGGUCUUUGCCUCCAUCAUCCGAGGCUGCCCGAGGGAGGCCCUCCGGCCGCACGUGAAGGUCAUCGCCGUGGAGUUGGCCCACGCUCACAUCUGCCAGGGGUCUGAAAAUCGACUGUACGGGGAGCGCCUGCUGCAGUGCGUGCAGGCCAUGGUGUCCGUGAGCCGGGAGGACUGCCGAGGGGCCGGCGUGCCGCUCAUGGAGGUGCUGGUGACUGUCCUGGCGCUGUGGGGACCCGCGGGGCUUGGUGCCAAGGUUCAGGAGGCGCUGGCCGAGCUGGCUGCGGUGGAGAGCGUGGACGGCAGCCAGGACCUCUUCCGAGCGCACGUGGGCGCCCUCCUGGAGCGGCUGGCUGCCUCGCACCGGGACUGGACCGGCCACUCCACGGGGUUCCUGCAGUUUGACGUGGUGCUUGCUCACUCAGGCCCUGCCCUCGGAGAAGCCUUGCCCCAGCUGGUGCCCAUCCUCAGGAGCUGCCUCCAGCCAGCCCGGGACCCACCCAUGCGCCUGAAGCUCUUCUCCACCCUGUCGGGGCUGCUGCUGGGAGCCCGGGAGACGGUGGACUCGCAGGGACAGUUCCAUGGCUACCUGGACACCCUGAUCAAGGACAUCUUCGUCCCCAAUCUGCAGUGGCACGCGGGGAGGACGGCUGCGGCCAUCCGUACAACGGCUGUGUCCUGCCUCUGGGCGCUUGUCAGCAGCGGAGUCCUGUCAGAUGAGCAGAUACAGGAAGUGCAGGAAAUGUUGAUGCCUCAAAUUCUAACCACCCUGGAAGAAGAUUCUCAGAUGACUCGAUUGAUUUCAUGCCGAAUCAUUAACGUGUUUUUAAAGACCUCUGAUGGUGUGAUAGAUGCAGACAAAUUCAUCAUGAUUUAUCCUGAACUCUUAAAACGCCUGGAUGACGUUUCCAAUGAGGUGAGGCUGGCGGCCACCACCUCCUUGGCCACCUGGUUGGAGCGUGUCGGGAACGAGGCCGGCAAGUGCUAUUACCAGAGCAACAUUCAGCACCUGUACAGGGAGCUGCUCGUGUACCUCGACGACCCUGAGAGCGCCAUCCAGGACGCAGUUCUCGAGGCCCUCAAAGCAGGCAGUGUCCUCUUCCCUGACCUCCUGGUGAGAGAGAUGGAGGCCGUCCUCCAUAAGCAUCGUUCACCCACCCACUGCGAGCAGCUGCUACAGCACCUGCAGGCCCUGCCGCCCGCCCCGUGACCAGAGUCCUGGGAGCAGAGCCUCAGCGCAACAGCUGGGGGGAGCGAACACCCAAGCCACGUCCUCACCUGGACUGGGAUUCGUGGCCUUUAAAUCUCGUCACAGGGCACCUUUCUGUCAACAGCCGAGGACCCUCACAAGCAAGCCUUUAACAGCAAGAAGAAUGUAUUCUCUAAGCACCGUGCCCAGUGCUCUCCUGGGACAGUUCUUCACACCCAGCAGUUUUUGAAAUAAAUAACUUUCACUGAGUGGCUUCUGUAUUUUAUGGCAAACUCAUGCAAUUCACUGAGAGGUCUGCCAGCAAUCGACAGCCACCUUCAAAUUAAAUGUCAGCUUCUCAUACCAAAUCAGCACAUUCUUUUUUUUAGUCUACGUGCACUGCUAGGUUCCUGGGUUAUUGGUUCUUUCUUGCUUAAAUGCCCACCAAGAAAGUUCUUGAGUAUUUAAAAAGAAGAAAGACAAAGUGAUUAAAAGGAAUGUUCUUUCUUUGGGUUCUGUCUACUGAAACUUAAUAUCUCAGUGAAAGACUGAAAAGAAUUUGAAAUCUUAAGAACUAUUAUCAGUGAAAUCGUUCCCAUUUAAGAUACACUGGAAUUUAAAAUGUUAUGUGGAUAUAUUUGGUCACAGUAUUUUUUCUUAGGUCAGUAAUUCUGACAGUUGAAAAUAGGAUGUUUAAUCAGAUAUAAUUUUGGUUGCUCUCUUGUAAGUAGCAGUACAGUAAAGUUGUAUUAUAUUUUCCUGUACUUUCUAUCCCCAAGUGCCUAAAAGAGUUCAUUUUAAGUGAGUUUUAUUUCCAUAAGCCAAAUAUUUAUGUUAAGGGAAAAAAAAUGCUGUGUUUUUUCCAAAAAUCAAAUACUAACACUUAUGCUUUGGUAUUUGAAAAUAUAACUUAAAAUAUUUAUUAUAACUAUUCUG